AUGUGUCUACACAAGAAAUCCUUACUACAAAUCUAUCCAACCGGAGAACAGUCGCCAGCCUUCUAUGGACUUCCCAAGAUCCACAAGAAGGAGGUACCACUGCGUCCAAUUGUAUCUAGCGUAGGGUCCGUGACGUAUGAACUGUCCAGAUUUCUCGCUGAUAUCAUAGGACCGUUAGUGGGCAAAUCUGAACAUCACAUCAAGAACAGUGCAGACUUUGUUAACAAGAUAAAGGACAUCCGGGUUGAGGAAGACGAGAUAAUCACCUCCUACGACGUGUGUUCCCUCUUCACCUCCAUACCACCAAAGAGAGCAGUUGCGGUUGUAAGGGAUUUCCUCGAACCCGACACAACCCUGGGAGAGAGAACCAGCUUAUCCUCCAAACAAAUCUGUGAUCUCUUAGAGCUCUGCCUGGGAUGCACAUACUUCGUCUACAACGGACAGUACUACCAACAGUUACAUGGAUGCGCUAUGGGUUCUCCAGUGUCCCCUAUAGUUGUCAACUUGUACAUGGAGAGAUUUGAGACAGAAGCCCUGAGCACGUUCCCUGACACUCCGCCUGCCAACUGGUUCCGGUAUGUGGACGACACUUUUUCUAGAUUGAAGAAGACGAAUGCAGACAAGUUCUUCCAACAUAUCAACCAAAUAGACGACAACAUCAAGUUCACACAGGAGAUGAGCCAGAACAACACACUACCAUUCCUGGACUCCAAAGUCAUUGUAGAGGAAGACGGACUUAUCAAUGUAGAUGUGUACAGGAAACCAACCCACACCGACCAAUACCUGGCCUUCCAAUCCCAUCAUCCCUUAGAGCAGAAACUGGGUGUGAUAAAAACCCUGUUUCACAGAGCGGACACCAUCAUCACUUCAGAGGAAGCCAAAUCCAACGAGCACCGACACCUUAAGGAUGCCCUGAACAAGUGUGGCUACAGACAAUGGUCUUUCAACAAAGCCCUGAAACCAUCUCAUGAGUCAAAGAAACCUUCCAACAGUAAGCCACUGGACAAGAAGAAGAAGACAGUGAAUGCCACAAUACCGUACAUCCAUGGAGUAUCAGAGAAACUCCGGCGAAUCCUACAGAACUUCAACAUUGCUACCAACUUCAAACCCCACUCCACCCUCAGACAGAAGUUGGUCCAUCCAAAGGACCGUGUACAGAAAGGCACCAAAUCUGACGUCAUCUACAGACUUAAGCGUGAAGGUCCACAGUGCAACGACACCUACAUUGGAGAAACCAGUCAACCACUGAAGGCUAGGUACAAACAACACUGCAGGGCUACAGCAAGUGGAUACUCUUCUGCCAUCUACCACCACACUCAGCUACACCAAGGACAUUCCUUCAGACUGGAUACUACAGACAUUCUUGACCGCGAACCACGGUGGUAUGAACGGGGUGUCAAGGAGGCCAUCUACGAGCGGAUCUACAACCCCACCUUGAACCGGAAGGGAGGACUGCGCGUAGAACUUUCCAGUAGUUUCGCCACACAAAGAGCAAUGGAGGUCUCAAGGUGA